AUGGCACAUUCGGCCAAAGCAAAGGCAGCUGGUGUCUCAGCAAGCUCGUUCCUUGACCUCAAAGCGGAACUUGCGAAGAAAGAAUCCGACUUCAAGACCGGAAGCGUGCCACGCGGGGAGAAGAAGGGGAAAGGAACGGUAUGGGUUCGAACGAAUAAAGGCGUGGCGGCACGAGCAGCUCGGGAUGUGGCUGCGCUUGCAGCGGACAGACAGACAGCGGAGUCUGCGCGAGCCGCUUUGGAACGAAAGGCAAAGAUUUACGAGAAGCUGCGGAAGGGCAAGACGGGAGGAUUGACGGAAGCACAAGUCGACGCGUUGUUGGUUGAUUUUGACGCGAAGCCGGAUGAUCAUUUCAGUAGCGAUAGCGAGGACGUGGACGAGUCUUUAAUAGCCCCGAAGGCUCUCGAUGACGAUGACGAUCCAUUGGUAGAAUAUGAAGAUGAAUUUGGACGAAUGCGUACUGCAAGGAAGAGCGAGGUGCCUCGAAAUUUGCUGCCGUCUGCUCAAGUUGAGGAGGAAGAUAACUAUGAUCCCUUCGUAGUUCGCAACCCUGUUAACCAUUUCCCGGUCUUCGAACCAACUGCUGAUCGCGUUGCCUCGAUUCAAAAAGCAGCAGAAGAAGCCGAGACACCACUUGAGGCGCAUUAUGAUGCGUCGAGGGAAGUACGCGCCAAGGGAGCUGCGUUUUAUGCAUUCUCCAAGGAUGAAGAGGCGCGUGCGAGAGAGAUGGAGGCAUUGAAGAAGGCAAGAGAAGAAACGGAAGUAGCUCGCAAUGAAGCUGGAGCUAUCGACGUCAGGCCAGAGGAAAACGAGGGCAUGACCGGGGAACCGGAGAGCGUGGUUCAGGGGAAGGGGAAGGAAUCAGCGAAGAGCAGAGCAACGGAGAAAAGAAAACGGGAGAUAGAAGAACGGCGAAAACUAGUUGAGGCAAAGAGGAGAAAGACGAAGGGCGACGAGGACAAGAGUAAAGCAACUUCUGGUGGGGACACAGCGGUGUCUGUGAAAGUAAUUGGUCACUUUGCCGCUGUCGAAGCGGCGAUGUCGAAAUCGCAGACGCAGACGCAGACGAGCAAGACUAGGUCACGGUGGGAUCAACAGCCCAAAUCGAAGGCGGCUCAGUCUUCUGUCAAGUCAGCAGAUGACUUCCUCGCACAGCUUGAACAAGACUUAAAUAGGAAGGGCAAGUGA